AUGUCGGCGUUCGACCGCUUCGGAACGCAAGCCUACGAGACGCUGGACCCGCUGACGAACCUGCGGCUCCGCGUCGUCGUGCGCGUGUCGCAGCGGCCCCUCCCGGAGACGUUCCUGGAGCCCGCGGGCGACGAUGAGGGCGAGGCGGAGCCGGAGGCCCCCGAGCAGUCCGUCGUCGAGCACGAGGCGUUCCUGACGUGGCAGCAGAAGCUCCCGCGUCAGGACCUGACGUCACGACACCCCCCCGGGGACGUGCGCGGGCCCAUCUUCACCUACGUGGACACCGACGCCUUCGUGCAGGAGGCCGCCGUCGCCGUGCACCCGGGCACGACCACAGGCGCCAGCAGCCACCUCGUGCAGCAGCAGGCGCGCAGCGACACGCGGCGGUACGUGACGCGCGACCAGAGCAUGUUCGUGAUGUGCGACACGAGCACGCCGCUGGUGGGACCGGAGGAGGUCGCGCUCGUGCGGAUCCGCUCGCACGCCACCUCGCUCUUCGACCUCAAACCCGGCUUCACCCGCCCGGGGGACUGGGAACGAACCGAGUCGCCGUCGGGGGUCGUCGUCGAGUUCCGGGUGGAAGACGCCUCGACCACCGCCGGCGCAGACCCCCCCCCCUCGAAGAGCGGUCCGGGGCUCAAGGGCGCGGCGCUGCGGCGCAACGCCGCGGUCGCGGCCGCCGCUCGGCGCCGCGGGGCGCUCGGCGGCGCGUUCCAGAUGGUGGACGUGCCGGAGCGCGGCACCGUGGUCGCGCAUGUGCUGUGCGAGCUUCAGUGCGCGAGGGGGUUCCCGGAGAGUUCCGUGUACGUGAACUGGUGGGUGCUGGUGCCGCGGAAGGCCGACGGCGGGUGGGCGCACGUCGAGGGCGCGGGGGGGGAGUUGGAGGGGGAGGUGUCGAAGGUGUAUGUCAGCAGUGGGUCGACGCAGGUGGCCAAGGCGACGCGGGUGGCCGUGGACGCGCUGCGGGGGUCGGACUCGAAGCUGGAGUCGCGGCUCGCGUGCCCGAUCGAGUUGGAGCUCCACGCGGACCAUGAAGUACCGCCUUCCAAAUGGCCCACCCUUGUAUUCGAGGUCAACUCGCUGGACUCCUUCGGGCGGCAGCGGACGCUCGGGUACGCGCACCUCACCGUGCCCCCCGAGCCCGGCUGCGCGACGCGCACCCUCGAGACCUGGCGGCCCGUGGGAACACUCACCGAGAGACUCCAGGAGCUAUUUGUCGGUGGCAUGCAAGCCUUCGACACUCCGCUCUCCGUGAAAGCCGGCGCCGACGCCCCCGCGGGCCCCCGCGCGCCCAAGGUCCUCUCGCGCCUCGGGCUCGUCACGGAGGGCGCUGGCGACGUCGUCGUUCGCGUCCACGUCAUCACGCGCACCGCGCCGUCGCGUAGGGGCGUUGCGGCGGCAAAAGAGGUCGUGCGCGACGCGCGCCCCGCCGCCCGCGCGGCGCGGAAGACCCGCCAGGCCGCGCGCGCCCAGGAGGAGGCCGCGCUCCUGCAGGGCUCGAAGACGCUGCAAGAGGUCGUUGAACGCGCGCGGCGGCGUCUGCAGGCCGCGCGCGCCGCGUCGCAGGGCGGCGAGGCUGCGGCGCGCGGGCCGGAGCCCGGCGGCGACCUCGGCGACAAGCGGGGGCGUCCGCCGCGCGUGGUCGGGCACCCGCGCGGCGGCGUCGUCGAGGUGGGCAUGGCGGCGAGCUUCGAGGUGCAGGCGACGGGGCGGGCGCCGAUGGAGUUCCAGUGGUACAAGGACGGGCGGAAGGUCGGUGGGAACGCGAGCGCGGCGACGGCGCGGCUCGAGAUUGAGAGCGUCACGCGCGAGAGCGAGGGACAGUAUCUGUGCAGGGUUGCGAACGCCGAUGGGAGCUCGAUGUCGCUCCCGGCGACGCUGGCGGUGCGGCCGCGCGGGACGCUCGCGCACCUGUCGCCGGAGAAGGUGGCGGCGGCGGCGGGGGAGCGCGGGGAGGGGGGCGUGCGGCGGGGGCGGCGGGAGGGUCCGGUGGCGCGGCUGGACUUCGACGGCGCUGCGGGGGAGGCGGAGCGCGGGGCGGAGGCGUGA